UGGCGAGGAUUGAAAUUUUAGAAAUGAAAAAAAUGAUGGGUGCCAAGAAUGGGCUGAAUGUUAGGGCUAUGGGAGAGGUGCCCAAUGUUGAUGUUUCUAAUCAUCCAUCCACCAUCGACACAAGAGUAAACAGUAAGGUGAGGAAGCUGAAAUCUCCGGAGCCUCUCUGUUACGGCUAUUUCAGCCAGGAGAGUAACGAACCGAAAUAAGGUUUCAUUUUCAAGCUCAGCUCUCUUUGUUUUAUUUAUUUAUUUAUUUAUUUUCAUUUUGCUUACUUUCAAGAUAUGGGUAAGCUUCCUUCUUCUUUUAUUCUUCGUUCACUUGUUAAUGGUGGAAGCCAUCUUUCUAACUUCCACUCUUCUUCUUCUUCUUCUUCUAACACCUUUGCUCCCCACAUCAAAGCCUUAAGUAAGAAAGCCAUGUCUGUUAGAGGAAAGGGAAAAAGGGAUGAUGGCUUCGAGAAUGUUGAUCAUGCUUUGAUUUUGUUCAAUAAGAUGAUUGGCAGGUACCCAAUGCCUUCAAUUCUGGAAUUCACUAAAUUAUUUGCAGCCAUUGUUAGAAUGAAACAUUAUGCCAUUGUUGUUUCUAUGUGUAGCCAAAUGGAAUUAUUAGGCGUUUCCCAUGAUGUUUAUUCUAUGAGCAUCUUGAUUAAUUGCUUUUGUCAAUUAGAUCGAAUUGAUUUUGGGUUGUCUAUUUUGGGGAAAAUGCUGAAGUUAGGUGUUGAACCUAGUGCAGUAACUUUUUCAACUUUGAUUAAUGGGCUUUGUAAUCAAAGUAAGAUUUCUGAGGCCGUUUGUAUGUUCGAUGAAAUGACUGAAAAAGGGUAUCAACCUAAUUUGAUUGUUUACAAUACAGUAUUCAAGGGGUUGUCUAAGACCGGCAAUACUGAUUGAGUUGUUAGGUUUCUAAGGUUGAUGGAAGGCAGAGCUUAUGAACCCAAUAUUGUAGCAUAUAGCACUGUCAUUGACUGUCUUUGUAAGAACGGGUUGUUAAAGGAGGCUCUCGAUCUCUUCUCUGAAGUGAAGGUUAAAGGCAUUAGACCAAAUAUCAUUACUUAUAACUGCUUAAUUCAUGGUAUGUGUAAUUCGGACCAGCAGGAUGAGGCAACAAGGCUUUUGAAUGAAAUGGUUGAUAACAAUAUUUCACUUAAUAUUGUCACAUAUACUAUAUUGAUUGAUGUACUUUGCAAGGAAGGAACGAUUUCUAAAGCUGUAGAGAUCAUUGACACAAUGAGAAAGAAAGGCAUUGAGCCUGAUGUUAUCACGUAUAGUACAUUGGUUGAUGCGCAUUGCAAGGAAGGGAUGGUUUCUAAAGCUGAGGAUUUUGUUGAUGUAAUGAUAAAGCGAGAAAUCGAGCCCAACACAUCACACUCUUGGUAUGAUGGCUACGGAUACUCCUUUCAAAAUCUCGCAGACACCCCCUCCCCCCACAUUGACUCAACAAAAUUCAUACAUUCUGGCAAGACUUUUAUCUACUGCAAAGAUCUUAAUUUAACCAAAAAAAAAUGUACUCCAAAUUAAAAUAUUUUCCUCUAAACAUAGAAUCAUUUCUUGCACUCCAGAUGGUCCACAACACAACCAUAAUAUACAUCAACCACCAAUUAAACAGAGGUUUAGACACCAACUUAUCAAAGUAUAACAAAAGAAAGGAUAAAAUACCUCAGAAUUUGUUAACUCGGGCACAGUCCAGCAAAAUGUGACUAACAUCCUUAGAUUUCACUUUGCACUAAUGACAAACAACAUGUUCAUCCGAGAUCGAAAUGUCUUUAUUCUUAAGGAAAGACAUCGUUGGAUAACAAUUUUUAAGAGCUCCACAAUCACACCAACGAUUAGAAUCCGUCCAAAUCAUUUGAACAAUCCCAUCUUCCACCUUUUCUAGUUUUGUUUUAAGUUAACAUGAUAAGGUCAAGUAUCGACUUAACCACUAAUUUCUUCACCAAGCCACUUUUGAGUAAACCAACUUCAUUUAGUCGCAGAUAAAGAGCACCUCAACAAGAAUAA